CUUUUGUCAGUCUCACAAGACAACCCUACUGUUUUUCAUCGAAUGACGAGAACACAAGCAAUCCCAUUGGCAGUGACGGUCGAAAAGUCGUGACUUUUUGUCUUUUUCCUCUUUUUCUUCUUCGUCUUCGUCUUCGUCUUCUUCUUCUUCACACCAUCUCUGAAGUCUCUGCAGCACCCACCACGAUGACGAUCGGCAUCGUCGACCACGAGCUCCCUGACGACACCCACAACCUCUAUGACGUCACGUUCUAUGACCUCAGCGUCCGCACCCUCCUCACCAGCUCCCCUCCCAUGGCCGCCUCCUGGCUCUCGUCCCGCGGCUCCCAGGCCCUCCUGGUCGGCCUGGACGUCGAGUGGCGGCCCAACUUCACCCGAGACAGCGACAACCCCGUCGCCAUCCUCCAGCUCUCCGUGGGCCUCCACUGCCUCAUCUUCCAGCUCCUCCACGCCCCCGAGAUCCCUCCGACCCUCGCCGACUUCCUCCGCGAUCCCCGCCACGUCUUCGUCGGGGUCGGCAUCGACGAGGACGUCGAGAAGCUGCUCUGCGACUACGGCCUCAAUGUGGGCAACACGGUGGAUCUGAGGGCCCUGGCCGCGAGGGAGCUCGGCCGGGAGGAGCUGGGGAGGGCGGGGCUGAAGACGCUGGCGAAGGAGGUGCUGGGGAGGGAGAUCGAGAAGCCGAAGCGGGUCUCCAAGUCCCGCUGGGACAACCCGUGGCUGACGAGCGUGCAGGUCCAGUACGCGUGCCUGGACGCCUUCGUGUCGCUCCGGAUUGGGGAGGCUCUUAAUGCUGCUGGUGGUGCUCGGCCGACGGCACGUCCGGACGAAGGAAGCUCUAUGGCUGAAUCUAGCAAUCCCACCAAUGGUGCUGCGCAAGACACAAAUAAUCAACGGCUUACAACCCUGUUGUUGAAUGGAGUAAAUUAUCUUCCGUGGUCUCUGGCAGUCACAACUGCUCUUGGAGAGAGAUCCAGACUGGGUCAUGUUACGGGACGAACCCAAGCUCCUGCUACGACUGAUCCCAACUUUGACAAAUGGCAAGCCAACGAUCAUAAUGUUAUGUCAUGGAUUUUCAACUCCAUGGAGCCUCAAAUAUAUGAGAUAUUCGCCUAUAUGGAUACUGCUAAGAAUUUGUGGGAUUCCCUAUAUGAGAUGUACGGACAAGCCAAUAAUGCAUCUCGAGUGUUUAAGCUUCAACAAGGUCUCGUUAGUUCCAAGCAAGGGAUGAAUCAGUCAUUCAUAGAACAUCUGAGUAAAAUGAAGAAACUGUGGGAAGAACUUCGGCAGUAUAGACCUAUUACUCCAAACGUUCGCGACUAUAUCCAACGGGAAGAACAAGACAGGAUUUUCCAGCUCUUGGCUAGUCUCAAGCCUGAAUUUGAGGAGACCAAAAGAGAUAUUCUUAUGCGACCUAAGCUGCCGUCUUUCAAUACUGUGUGUUCCAUCAUACAGAAUGAGGAAACACGGAAAAGAUUCAUGGUGGCAAAUUCAAAGGUGAAGGCAUUUGUUGAUUCACCGGAAAAUUUAGCCUAUUAUACUAUGUCUAAUUUCAAGCAAAGUGAUGCUAGCAGUCGGUGGGCAAAAGAAAAGGGAAAGAAACCCAUACGAUCUUAUUGUGAUCACUGUAAUCGUGACGGGCAUUCCAGGGAACGGUGUUGGGUUCUUAAUCCGCAGUUGCGACCAGUCUGGCAAAGAUAAAGGUCUUGAUGCGAAGUUUGCAGUUCGGGGGGAUGACAUAGAGUUUCAGUCUAAGCUAAAAUUUUUAACUCAACAGGUUUAGUAGUUGCUUCAAAGUCAUGGCAAGAAUCGGAUGCUACAGGCAUUGAAUCCGAAAAUAUGGCCAAGACCUUGUAAUCUCCAUGCUCUCUCUACUAAGUUUAAUUUUCGGAUUAUUGUUGAUUCUAGGGCUACAGACCAUAUGUGUAGCUCUUCAUAUGUGUUAUGUAAUAUUGUUUCCAGCACUUUGUAUCCUCUUAUAAUUAUUGUGAAUGGAGUUCAAGUCCCAACUUAAGG